ACUGGAAGACGUGGACUGGACGGUGUGCGCGGGAGCGCUGGCUGAGGGGAGCAGACAAGGGGGAGGAGCACUGAGGCCCAGAGGCUAUUCUUGUCUAGCUGAACAGAUGAAUCAUUGCCAAUUAACCCCAUCAGGAGGAUAGAAAAUUCAGUUUGAAUCAGAUUAAGAGAUUAUCCUGUGUUCUUAACUCCAGCCACAAAAUCAGAUUGGGAAGUGAGAGGAUUUGUCUCUGUGAAGUUAAUAGUUUGUGGGCAAUUGUGUUAAGACAUUGUUGGAGGGACUCAUUCUCUCCACCGUUGCAAUGAAUAUGUCAAUGGGUGACGACAACCACCACCACAUGACAAUGGGCCAGGAUGACCGUGUUCACCACUCCCCGACAUCUGCACCAGGGCAUAACUCUGGUGGGAUGAUGAUGCACAUGACAUUCUACUUUGGGUACGAGAAUGUGAAGCUACUUUUCCCUGGGCUAGUGAUCAACUCGGUUGGAGGGAUGGUUGGUGCCUGCGUGGUUGUCUUCCUCUGUGCAUUGGCUUACGAGGGGCUGAAAAUCAGUCGGGAAUGUUUGCUUCGGAAAUCACAGGUUAAUGUUCGUUAUAACUCCAUGCCUGUUCCUGGACCAAAUGGGACAAUCCUGAUGGAAACACACAAAACUGUUGGCCAGCAGAUGUUCAGCGUACCCCACCUCAUCCAGACUGUACUGCAUAUCAUACAAGUGGUUAUCAGCUACUUCCUCAUGUUGGUCUUUAUGAUCUACAAUGGUUACCUCUGCAUUGCCGUGGCAUUGGGUGCAGGUGCCGGAUACUUCCUCUUCAGCUGGAAGAAAGCAGUGGUGGUGGACAUCACAGAACACUGCCAUUAA